AGGAACAGCAUCUGAGCGCUGCCCUGGGACUUCCUGAUCCUCCUCACAUAUAAAUACCAGGGCAGGCCGGUGUGGCAGAGCGCAGUGAGCAGAAACCCUCAGGCAAGCUGAGCCUUCCUUCCAGGAGGAUGAGGAACUUGAGAGCUGCCGUUUCUGUCUUUAUCCUUGUGGCUGUCCUUGGAUCCCAGGCUAGGAUCACACCUGGCCAGAAGAGGGCACCAGACCUCAUCACAGCAAUAAGAGAAAAGAGGGUCAUUCAUCGCAUUGAACCUCACGCAGUUUAUCAAGGCAUUCUAAAUGCUCCAGACUGUUGCUUCUCCUACGUCUACAUCUCACGGAGCCUGUGCUCAAGAUUUGUAUAUUAUUUUCCAACCAGUGGUGGGUGCAUCACCCCAGGCAUCAUAUUUGUCUCCAAGAGGGGGAUCCGGGUCUGUGCCAAUCCCCUUGAUCAGGAAGUUCAGAAGUGCAUAAGACGGCUGACGCCAAUCCCGGGACCUGGGAGCACAGCCAUAGCUUGAGAAGGAGGGCUUAUACUGCCAGUCACUUCCUUCUGUCAUCCCCAGUGACCAUCUAGGAGGCUCUAAGCAUUUAUUUUUAUAGAUGCUUAAAACGCUCGUUCUGCUCUUCUGGUUGAAAGCAGCUCAUGUAGUAUUUAUAUGGACUUUUUGGUUUUUGCAUAGUUCCUCAGCAUAUCAUAAACAGAUAAACUAUUAGAGUGGCCUCUGGGGGCUUCGGAAUGUGUCUGGCUCUGAUGCUAACUUAAGCCAGGUCCAUCAAGCCAAUAUGAAAAGAGUUUUGCCCUAGCCCAUACACAUAUUCAACUUUGUGAGGGCCCAGCUGUUUUUCUACCACCCUAGAGCAGUAAGCAUCACCCUCAGCCCCCAAAAAUAAAGUGCAUCCAUGUAG